AUGGUUUGCCCGGCGAAAGUGGGCGCCAACACUCGCUUUUCGUCGGCAAAACGCAAUAAAAUAGACAACGGAGGAGCCAAUCCUCAUUUCGGAUUUCAAACGAACGUUUCUUGAUUGAGUGCAAUAUUUCUCUGAUUUAAUUUGCCUUUUUUCUCAUGGAAGUUGAGAAAUUUUCAGUGAAUGAAAAACUGUUUAUUUAAAGCAUCGAAAUGCAUUGGGGUGGAUUUUGGAAGUAUAUUUUCACAAUACGACGGGAAGGCUGAGCCAAUUCGUAAUUAUUUCAGCGUAAGAGCAUUAAAAAUUAUCAGAGAAAGAUCUCGAAUUGUAAGUGGGAUUUUAUUCGUCUUACGACCGUGACCGCUUAUUCUCAAGUCGACGCUAAUGAUAUCAUAAUUUUUAACUUUUUUGCCGUGGAAAUCAUUUAGGGCAAAAAAAAUAUGCGCAAAAUUCUUAAAAAAUGUUUUUUUUCUAAUAAUAACUUAUUCAAAGAUCAGUGUGAACCCCAACGAGUUCACUAAUGUUAUUUUUUAUAGUCUUUUAAAAAUCUACCACCCUUUUAUAUUUCAUUAAUUGCUAGCUUUGGACAACGAACACCCCAUAUAAUUUCAAACUUCUUAUCUUCGCAGUAUUUUCUGCCAAAAAAUUUUAAAAUCUCUAAAAUCUGUUUUAGGGGAGCUUUUUGUAAACCAAAAAGAUGAAAUCCUUUCAAACUCUAAGUUAUAUUUUUAAUAGCUUUUGGAAUAAUCCAAAACCUCUUGAACAUUUUCGAGGAUGACAUACCCUCGGAGUCCGAAGUCAACAUUGCGCAGUUGCAACCGAAGAGAUUCAGUUGGAAGUGAAAUCGAGCACCAAAAAAGAGCUGAGCGCCUGCGUAUAUCCGUUUUCCACCAGGUAAAAUUUACAGCUGUAUGUCGGCAGACAAAAUUUUGCAACGUAGUGCCAAGAUUUAUUUAUUUUUUCUUUUUUAAUUCCAGCCUACACUUCUAUCUGUCUCCGCUCCGACCUUUUCUUACGUUACAAAGAAAGAAAAUGAAGUCAUAGAAAAUGAAAAGAGAAAAGGAAAAACGAAUGGUUCAUUAAGAAAAAAAAAGAAUUUUUUAAGAGUGGUAAACGCUGUUUGGAGAAAACAGAAGGUUUUCGGGACAAAAACCUAAUUGACAUGCAAAUCUUCCACACUAUAAAGUUUUUUUCCAAUCGUUCCAAGCUUAAUCAAGUCUGCCUAAUCUCUAGAGAAAAACUGAAAUCUUCAGCAAACAUUCAUUACUUGAAUGACCACAAAAUUCUGUUACAAAUCUAAUGACCUGUGAAAAACUCUCUCGAGAAUUGAGUUUUGCCCAGUUUCAAUAUAUUCAUUGAAAGGAUUUUCAAUCUAUAAAUCAUGCUAUUCUGGUUUAUUUUCUUCAAAAAAAGUAGUCAACUUAAAAAAAAAAACAAUGGAAGACUGAGAUUUCAAACAUCAAAACGUUUCCUCGUCCUGUGAAAAAUAGAGAAAAAAGGUUACAGGACAAAAACGAAGUUAAGUGCUUCACCUGGCUGGUUACACUGGUAGUGUUUCUGUGCCGUGGAAAUUGGCGCCGAGGUUCGAUUUCCUUCUAGGCUACUUAAUUUCGCCAACUUUCUCAAAUGAGAUAUGUCGAACUUUCAAACAAAAAGGCUUUUUUCGGAAAAAAAUUUAUAUUUUUCUAUCUUUUUGAAAAUUUUUCCGAUCUGAAUUUGUGGUUUCUUUUCAGUUAUGUGAAUUAAUUUAAUUUUAUGUUCAGCAAAUGUAUUUCUCAAAAACAAAAAUGGUGCACUGAAGGUAUGCCGUCGCGAAACGGUCGCAUCGCGCUUUCAUUAAGUUCAAAGAAACGCAAACUGUUUCCGCACUAGAUUGUCCCGUUUUUUUUUCCCGCAAACAUAACAUAAGCAAUAUACAACCAAAUUUGACCAAGCAUCGCUUCGAAAUCUUUUUUUCUCUUUCGCAAUUAUGUCAAACGCCGACAAAGCUGUAUUUGAGGUACAUUUGUUUUCCAAUGUAUUUUUGGAACUUGAAAGUCUUACGGAGAACUCACUACGCCCUCUUUUUCCUGGAUUUUUUUAACUUUUCAUAAUUUCAAUUGAACCUGCGUUUUUCUGUCAAAACCUUGAGAAUUUGCAUCUUUGCAACUCGAUCCGUUGAAAGCUCAGGAUUCGGGACUCUCUCUGACUCUCAAGGUCAAAAGCGCCGCGCAAUAACCUCAAAUUAUCUGAGAUGAUUGAGAGUUGAAAAUUUAACGGUUCAAAAUAUUCAGAAGACUAUAAAGUGAAUUUCUUCAAAAUCCCUUUGAGUUUCCUGACAAAAUGUUAACACGGGAAAUGCUCAGUCAUCUACAUAUUAUUUGUUUUUGGUCUCUUUGUUGGUUGAGAAAUCACUUAAUCUUGCAAGUCAAGUUGCAUUUAAACAAUUUUUCUGGUGUGCUUGGAAACUUUUUCUUUUUCCCAUAUAAGGAAACUCUUUUUAGGUUUUUUUCCCUUAAGCUUACACAUUUUUUUCACGCAACUUGGCUUGGCUUAUUUUCUGUUUUUUUCAAACUCUUUAUAUUUAUUUUUUUCACGUCAAAAAUAAAUCAGAACUCUGAGAAAGUAGAAAUGAUUACUUAAGACUUUCUUACUUCCCUAAAAUUGAAGUUUCAAUUUUUGUUUGUUGUAGUCUGUUUGCUAAGAAAGUUGUACUUUUUCUUUUGUGACUCCGAGAAUAAAUUGGAAGAGCAGGUGAUUUUUUAAAUUUCAGUAGCUAGUUUCUGAAAGCCAAAGAAAAAAUCAAGUAACCAACUUUGUUACUCGAAAUAGCAAAGUAUGUACUUAAAAAGUUCAGCUGCUCAUGUCGGAAAUUGCAAUGGAAAUUUUCUUCACCGAGCCAUGCUUUUUAAGAAGAAAAUUAGUUAGUGGCAUUGAAUCCCAUCGCGAAAGCAAACUGAGUUCCGAACUUUUCUCUGCUAAAAAAAGCAAUUAUUCCACCUUUCAUUCCGUUUUAUUUCAACGAGAUUACUCGUUAAUUUUUCACAAAAGAUUCCGAAAAAUAAAAAAACUCGCAAAAAAAUUUUUUUAUUUAUUGAAAAAAGAAUGUCGAUUACACUAAUUCUUAAGGAAGUUUUGAUUCUCUAUUUGAAUAUCGAGAAAAAUUUAUAGGAGGCUGCUCAAAAAAAUUUUUAGUAUGUGAGUUGCCACGCGGUGAGCUAAUAAAGACAUGAGGUGUUGAAUAGAGAAGUUCUACUUUUUGAUUUACAGGAAAAAUUGGAAGAAACAUCAAAAAAAAUUACGCGGAAAACUGUCCCAGAAAAGGAUCUUGAAGUAGCGGUCGUUUUGUUUAGUACAUAAAAUUUUUCGUAAGGUUGUUUUUUGCGUCUGAUCACGAUGACGCAAGGCGACGUUGUCCUUUUUAAAAAGCUGUAAGUUAAGCAAUGUGAUUGAGAUACGAUAGCAAAUUGGGACAGCGACAUUCCGAAGCAUUUUCUUCACAAGCAUGGCGUUUUGGGUUUCGCGGAUUCGCUGUCCAUCGGAAUAUGGUUGGUCACACAUCACCGGAACCUGCUCUUUUCUCAGAAAGAGUUUCUGGCAAACAAAACAAAGAACUCGGUACCCGAACCAACUAGGGCAGAAGCAAAACCAAGUACAUCUUCAUGUUUUAUUCGGUCUGGAUGGCGCUGCGUUUGUUCGUGUGGCGAGCCAUACAUGCGAUUUGCAACAACUCGGCGAGAAUGUGCAUUGUGUACCCAUCUUUCCGCUUUCGCGCAUUUUUGGCCCCUUCAUCCAACUGCUCAGCUCAUUACUUCUUUUUGUGCCGGUUUACUUCUCGUGAAGUACGCCUAGAGCCCCAGGAAAAAAAAGAAGUUUUUUAGGAACCUCCGCUUGAAUAAACAUGCGGUGAGUUAAUAUUUUCGUAACUUGAAAACAGGAAAUGGUUUUGAUGCAAUGGCUUGAUUCGUACUACUGAAAGUGAAGAGCUGACGAUGUUAUUCAUAAUAAUGCAGUGGCGUCUUCUUUUUGGUCGGAUGGUUCGAAAAUAAUUUCACUCAAAUAUGACAAAUAUUUCAUAGUUCAAAUUUUUCUUUAUUUGAAAAAAAUGAGAGGCUUUUUGGUCAAAUGGGCACAAAAAAAUUAAUUUCAAAAAAAUUGCAAUAUUAAUGGAAUCGAAACUCAGAAAUUGUUGCUAAUUUAUUAAAAAUUAUUAAAAAAAGAGCAAACCGAGUGGUUUCCAAAUCAGUUGAAUUUUCCGAAAAGGAAUGGGAGAAUUAUUCAAAAGCAAGAUAAUUGAAAAUUGAACGAAAAUAAUGUCAAUAUGGUUUUCAAGAAAAAUAAUGCGACAAAAAAAGGAAUGAAAUCCCUAUGAAUUAUUUAAAAGGAAAAGAGCCCCAGAAACAACAACAAAAAUAACGGACGGAAACUGGAAUUGUAUUUUCCUUCAUCACUUGAUGUAUUUCUUUAUGGUUCUAACCUAAAUUUUGGUUCAGGAAAAUUUAGAAUAAACAAAAAUACAGAGCUUUCUACCUUGAGAUAAUGAAAAAAUCUUGUUAUUGCCUCUGGGAAAAUAGCAACGAAUUCGGAGUUUCGAAAAGAAAUUAGUGAGUUCCGUCAAGAUCUUGGAAACGUUCAAAAAACUUUCCUUAAGUCUGAGAAAAAAAUACAAAUGUGAAUACCUAGUCCUCAGGGUUUUGAGUUUCGCAUAUUCUAGUUUUAAAAUCUUCCCAGUCAAAACUUUUUAUUUUAAGCUUGAAAUCCCCAACAAAAAUUUUUGAAAAAAACAAUACAAAGAUGGAAAUUUUUUUGGAAGAAGUUAAAAAAAUGUGAAGAACGAAAAAAAUUUUUCUACUCUUUUGAACUGCGAAAAAAAUUUCCACUAGAGUUAUUCGAUUCCGGUUGCUUGUCAAAAAAAUAAUGUGAGCAAGUGAACAUAUUAGGAGUUAUUAUUAUUGUGUAGAAGGAAAUAAAUGCAUUUCUUGCGGCAAAGAAGGCAAUGAAAACAAUCAGUAUAGAAGCCAUUCUAACAACUGUUCUGAGUUUCGUUACGAAUUCUAUCGAAACGCGCAACGAUGACGAUAAUCUUGGAAUGCCUAUAUUUAGUUAAGAACCAGUCCAAAAACGGAGAGAAAGGGCUUUUCGAGCUUUCAAUGCCAUGAAUUAGUUAUGCGAAGCGACUAAAUGUUUUAGAGAGAGGGAGCAAGAAAUUGAGUACAAUGUGAGUACUCACCCAUCUGAUCGGAAAAAGAGAUCCGAGGUCCAGAGCUUUGCUUCGGAGGCUCAUCCUCAGCUUCAUCAAGCAGUCGACGGUUCAUUGAUUUUGGACGUUUUUGUUAGAAUAUCAGAACAGAACGCAGUUCGGGCCAGGUCAUCGACGACGUCGUUGAUUGACAGCAGAAUUUCUGGAGUCAACGUAGGGCGACCGGAAGUUGGUGUUUCUUUACUGACAGCGUUCCGACAGGGCGGAGCCGCGCUCUCGAGCUACCCGUCGCGCUCUCCAAUCCGCCAACAAAUCAUCCAGGCUUAG